CAGGAGCUGCCCGGGACUGGACAGAGCACCUUCCUGCGGUGUUGCCAACCGUGAACAGGGACUGAUUGGCUGAGAACCCUCAGUGAAGUGCUUUGGGCACCGCAACAGUGAAUGAACAUGGAGCGUGGAGAUUACAAUGAUUCUAUCAGCUAUGAUGAAGACUAUCAGGAUGGUUUUGACCCCAUCGUGAUUUUUGAUGAGUCCUCUCCCCAGAGGGACUUCAGGGUAGCCAGGAUCUUCCUGGUGGUGGUCUACAGCAUUGUCUGUCUCCUUGGGAUUUUGGGCAAUGGCCUGGUGAUUGUCAUUGCCACCUUCAAGAUGAAGAAGACAGUUAACACUGUCUGGUUCCUCAACUUGGCUGUGGCUGAUUUCCUGUUCAAUGUCUUCCUGCCCAUCCACAUAGCCUAUGCUGCCAUGGACUACCACUGGGUGUUUGGGACGGCCAUGUGCAAGAUCAGCAACUUCCUACUCAUCCACAACAUGUACACCAGUGUCUUCCUACUCACUAUUAUUAGCUUUGACCGCUGCAUCUCCGUGCUGCUUCCUGUCUGGUCCCAGAACCACCGCAACAUCCGGCUGGCCUACAUGGCCUGCAUGGUGAUCUGGAUACUGGCUUUUUUCUUGAGUUCUCCAUCCCUCAUCUUCCGGGACACAGCCAAUCUGCAUGGGAAAAUAUCCUGCUUCAACAACUUUAACCUGUCUGUGCCUGGGUCUUCCUUCCUGCCUGCUCACUUCAAACUGGGCCCUGUGGGGCACAGCCGGCAAAUGGUGGUGACUCUCACCCGCUUCCUCUGUGGCUUCCUGGUUCCUGUCUUCAUCAUCACAGCCUGCUACCUCACCAUUGUCUGCAAGUUACAGCGCAACCGCCUCGCCAAGACCAAGAAGCCCUUUAAGAUUAUCAUGACCAUCAUCAUCACCUUCUUCCUGUGCUGGUGCCCGUACCACACGAUCAAUCUCCUGGAGCUCUACCACAAGGCCAUCCCUGGCACUGUGUUCAGCCUGGGUUUGCCCCUUGCCACUGCCAUCGCCAUUGCCAACAGCUGCAUGAACCCCAUUCUGUACGUCUUCAUGGGCCAGGACUUCAAGAAGUUCAAGGUGGCCUUCUUCUCCCGCUUGGUCAAUGCUCUGAGCGAGGACACGGGCCACUCUUCCUACCCUAGCCACAGGAGCUUUACCAAGAUGUCCUCAGUGAAUGAGAAGUCUUCGAUGAAUGAAAAGGAGACCAGCAUGCUGUGAGUGUCUCUGGAGAAGCCCCCAGUGGGCAUGCCCCACCCAGGGCUGCCCCAAGACACUCUAGCGCCCAGUGUAUUUUGUACGGGCUGGAGUGUAUUUUGAGCUGCAAAUCCAGCAUAUGGAACCUCUUUCUCUAAGUGGGAUAGUGGACCUUGGACCUGCAAUUCAUGCUUUGUGGUAGGCCAGCCUUGUCCCACUUGGAAUAAUACAGGAAGAACUCUCGAAGGCACUGUCAUGGACUGGGCUCAGCAUAAGGCUGUGGGAAGAAGCUAACUACUGUGUAACCUGGAAGUGCCACACUCUGUGAGGUCCCUAAUGUGAGCCGGGGAGGUCAGAACAAAUCCAGCACGAUGCAGUGUGCACUUCACCCUUUACACCUGUAUCAGUAAUUGGCCAGAAAACUCCACCCUUCCAGCCACUGGUCUGGGUUUAAGGAGUAUAAAAUGCAUGGUUACCUGGGACAGAAGGAUGAUAUCAGCCCAUGGACUUUCAAGACCAUGAACUUGACUUUCAGAAGAGCUGGGAAGACAGGAGACCAGAGGGUCUUUGUGGGAUCUUUGCAAGGACAAGAUGGGGGGGGGGUCUGGUGCUUUGGCUACAGGUGCUGUAGGGGUGUGGGUGGUGCCAGACCUGUGCUCCAGCUCUGCUCCUGGCUCAUGCUGGUUACUUGGGGCUGCUGGACAACUUCACUAGCAGCCACCAUCUGUCCUAGGGUGCCUUCCUUCCCUAAUCAGCUCUAGUUGGUGGUGCUCAGAGUAAACCCCUCCUGGGGGUGGGUGUGUGUGUAUGGGGGAAGGGCUUCUGUUUUUCUCCCUUCCCUCCAAGCCUUGUCAGGGACGACUCCAAGGCAUGGCUUUGGGAAGCAGCCUGGGAGCAUCUCUUGGAGGAAGGAGGAAUUCCAGGGCCCACCACAGCCUGGAAUCCAACUCCUUUAACCAAACUCCUGAGAUAAGACAGCAAGCAGCCAGUGUGCGGCUUUGUGGCCUGGCUCUUGUCAUCUGUACCAGACACUUCCUGCUACAGGGAAGGACACUGACCCUUCCCAAACAACAAGGCUGAGGCUCUGAGGGUGACUGUAACUCACCUCUCAUCCCCCACAGCACAAAGAUAAGAUCUGAACCAGGUCUGCCUGGCUCCAGUGAUUUCAUUCUUUUAUUAAGGAUUUGCUGAGACUGUCCCAGGCUGUAAGGACAGCCUGCAUGUAUUCAGCACUUUCCAUGCUAAGUACUUUCUAUGUAUUAACUCGUUUAUUCCUCAUAGUGACUCCAAGUUAGGUACAAUGAUUAUUACCCUCUUACAUCUGAGGCUCAGAGGGGUUAAGGGACUUGCUCUAGGCCACUGAGUUAGUCUCUGCCAGAGGCUAGAUUAGAACUUCAGUUUGCCUGCCUCAAAAUACGCUGCAGAGUCAGGAAACAAUGGGAGAAGUUGGGGCUUUAACUAAAACUAUUGCUUCUUCAGCAGAUGGCUGUGAGCAUCUUAGUGGCAAUUAAGAAACUCUGCAAGUAGUUUUCAAAAUGAUCAACACAUACAAAAGAAGCACUAGGCCCCUAGCUCUCUCGAGACCAUCCACAUUCACCUCCAUGGCUCCCAUUCUCUGCACCCUCUGAGGUCUGUGGAAGAGAAGGUUGCAGGUAGGCCUGGCAGGAGGCAGCCUCUGUGGGUCCAGGGCCUCCUGGCUCCUAAGUGUCUGUGUUCUGCUCUCUUCCAAGUCCUCGCGUUGCUAAGCCAGUUCUCCGGCAGGAUGCAAGGAACAGAUGUAAUGUCUACCUCUGGCUGGGCCAGUCCCCAAGCUGCAGGCUGUUUGGAAUCACACUUCAUUAAAGGACAGACUGUUCCUUCCUUGUUGGGUCUUGAUGCUUAUGACGAGGUGGCUCUGAGUGGACACAGGCUGGGGAUGUGAAUGCGUGAAGCAGUCUGCACUUGCUCCCCUGGGGAGCAGAAGAGAGCUGUAGAGAUGGCCUUGGGCCCUGGCUUCCCUUCCCCAGUUUUCAGUUGAGGCAGCUGAGGCACAAGAUGGCAUAAAACUUUUUUCUAGGUCACAGAGAUAGUCCCUUGUGGCUUGGGCAUGAAGGCUCCUCCUCCUGGACUUCCCAAUAGACCAAGCCAGACUAGGGAGCCAGGAACUCAUGCUGUCAUUGGAAAAGCUGAUAAACAGGAGCACAGUUCAAGCCACCUCAGAGCCAAACCUCCCUCUUUCUGGCUGCUAUACUGGAGUCCCCUGUUCUGACUGCAAUUUGCCAUCUAGUAUUAAAGGCAACCGUGACAUUUUCA